AUGCCACCAAAACGCAAGUCUGAUGUUGGCCCAGCCAAUGAUGCUUCGGCUAGUAAGCCUGAGCGUGCGCCGAAAACCAGCCGUACAGCUUCUACUGCGAGCCCUCAUGAAACUAUCUCAGGCCAGAGAUUUGGCGAGUCUGCCGACUACAUUCCAUUGACCCAGGUAGCUGGCGCGGACGAAGAUGACGAAGACGCGUUUGAGGUUCUCCAAAGUUCCCAGGCAGUGGAUGAUUCCUCUCUGGCCGACUCCAUUCUCUAUGGUAUUCUCAUGACCAAGAUUGUUGGUGUUCGCUAUUACAGUGGCCAUGCCAACCCGGGUGAACGUGUCAUUGUCAUCCGGGAUGCCAAUAAUAAAUAUGACAGCAAUGCCAUCAGGAUCACCAAUGUAAUGGGCGCCCAAAUUGGGCACAUUCCGAGGGAGGUGGCGGCCAGGUUAGCUCCUUACAUGGAUGCUCGUGAUCUUCUCCUCGAAGGGACGUUGACUGGACCUAUCGGUAACUUCACAUGCCCGAUGAACUUGAAAUUGUUUGGCCCCCGCGAUCCAAUCAAACGAUCCCAGUUGAAGCAAAGAAUGCAAAAUGACAGAAUUCCUGUUCGCCAAUUGUAUGACUUAGAGCGCGAAGAACUCAGGCUUCAAAGGGAAGCUGAGAAGCGUCGGAUGGAGGCUGCACAGAGAGCCCGCGCCAUAGCGCUUGCACAAGCGUCAGCACAAUGGCAAGCCAACAGAAACGCGCAAUUUUCGAACCUCACAACGGCGGGGACUGGACUUGGUGUCCAGCGGAAUGAAAGCCUGGAAGCACUUCUCAAUCAGAGCUCCACCUUCAAUCCUCGCGAUAUUGGCCGGGUAGUCGAAAACUUCGGACAAAAGGAGUCUGAUCUGGUUAAUAUGCCAAUGGUCGAUACUCCAGCCGGACUUACUACUCAAUUACUUCCGUAUCAGCGCCAAGGACUCGCUUGGAUGAUCAAGCAGGAAUCGCCGAAACUCCCUGCGAGGGGCUCGGACGAUAUCGUGCAAUUGUGGAAACGACGUAACAAUGCGUUCCUCAAUGUUGCAACUAAUUAUUCGACGGACAAAGAGCCAACGCUCGCCAGCGGUGGCAUCCUUGCCGAUGAUAUGGGCCUAGGCAAGACAAUCCAGAUCAUAUCCUUGAUUCUUGCAAACCCAAAGCCUCUCACUGCAAACUCGUCUAAGACGACCUUGAUCAUAGCUCCCGUUGGUGUCAUGACCAACUGGAGGAAUCAGAUCACGGAACAUGCCAACAAGGAGACAGCCCCCAGUGUUUUGAUUUAUCAUGGUUCGGGGAAGAAGGAAGCCGCAAAUCUGGCAAAUUAUGAUGUGGUCGUUACCAGCUACGGGGCCCUGAGCAGUGACUUCAAUCCUGACGCUACUAGGCCGCCUGCUAAGGGCAUAUUCUCUGUUCAUUGGCGUCGUGUUGUGCUUGAUGAGGGCCAUACCAUUCGCAAUCCUAGUUCCAAGGCUUCUCUAGCGGCAUGCGGUUUGCGAGCCGACUCCCGGUGGACGUUGACCGGUACGCCCAUCAUCAACACUCUCAAGGACUUGUACUCGCAGAUCCGUUUCUUGAAGUUUUCGGGCGGCUUGGAAGACAUGGGAAUUUUCAACAGUGUCUUGAUUCGACCAGUUAAUGCAGGAGAACCCGAGGCUCGACUGCUUCUUGAGGCUCUCAUGGCUACCAUCUGCUUGCGGCGCAGAAAGGACAUGGAAUUCAUCAACCUGAAGUUACCGGAGAUGACAUCUCGUGUCAUCAGAAUCAAGUGGCACCCCCAUGAAGUAGAGAAGUACACUGCUUUCCAAACCGAAGCAAAGGGUGCUCUUCUGGAUUUCAAGGACAAGGAAGGAAAAACCAAGUACUCACACUUGCUCGAGGUCAUUCUUCGUCUUCGCCAAGUCUGCAAUCACUGGGUGCUCUGCAAGAACCGCCUAGACAAGCUCAUGAGCAUGCUGGAAAACCACAAAGUCGUGCCUCUGACACCUGAAAACAUCCGAGCCCUGCAAGAGAUGUUGAAUCUCAUGAUUGAAAGCCAAGAACAGUGCGCCAUCUGCCUCGACACGCUCGAUAAACCGGUCAUCACUGCCUGCGCCCACGCCUACUGCCGAGGCUGUAUCGAACAGGUUAUCGAACGCCAGCACAAGUGCCCCCUCUGUCGCGCAGAGAUCAAGGAUAACAACACUCUGGUCUCCCCCAAUGCCGACUUAGGUGAUGACACAACCGCCGCUGAAGCUGAUCCCGAGAACCCAAGCAGCAAGAUCGAAACCUUAGUCAAGAUUCUCACCGCGCAGGGUCAGGCACCAGGCACGAAGACUGUAGUCUUCAGUCAAUGGACCUCAUUCCUGAACCUCGUCGAGCCACACCUCGCUCGAUGCGGGGUUAAGUUCGUCCGCAUCGAUGGCAAAAUGUCGUCCGUGGCACGUGACAACUCUAUCAACGCCUUCUCGAACGACCCUGAGUGCACCGUGCUCCUGGCAAGUCUGAGUGUGUGCAGCGUUGGCCUCAACCUCGUUGCCGCGAACCAGGUUAUUCUGUGUGACAGUUGGUGGGCGCCGGCAAUUGAGGACCAGGCUGUCGACCGGGUGUAUCGGCUUGGACAGAAGCGGGAGACCACAGUCUGGAGACUGGUUAUGCAGGGCAGUAUUGAGGAGCGUGUGUUGGACAUUCAGGAGCGGAAGAGGAGUCUUAUGCUUGCUGCUUUCCGCGAGACGGCGAAGAAGAAGGCUGAGGAUGCUGGCACUCGUGUUGCAGAUCUUGAGGCUCUUUUGCAGUGA